AUGGCAGACUUGGCGCUCUCUGGCUUAAGGUGGGCAGCAUCGCCAAUCAUCAACAAGCUCCUAGCUGAUGCUACAGCUUACCUCAGCGUGGACUUGGUGCGUGAGCUCCAAAAACUAGAAGCCACUGUCCUGCCACAGUUUGACCUGGUGAUUCAAGUGGCAGAGAAGAGCUUCCACAGGGGCAAGCUGGAGGCAUGGAUCCGGAGGCUCAAAGAAGCCUUCUAUGAUGCUGAGGACCUUCUGGAUGACCAUGAGUACAACCUCCUCAAGCGCAAGGCAAAGAGUGGGAAGGAUCCCAUGGUAGGGGAGGAUGAAGCCUCCUCCAUUGCAUCGACCAUCAUGAAGCCACUUCGUGCUGCUAAGAGUAGGGCACGCAACUUGUUGCAAGAGAACAGAAAGCUAAUUAACAAGAUGAAAGAACUCAAGGAUAUCCUGCUUGAAGCCAAGGAGCUUCGCGAUCUUCUUGGCUUACCACAUGGCAAUACCGUUGACUGGACACCAGCUGUACCUGGAACCGUUGUUCCUACAACAACAUCACUUCCCACUUCAAAGGUUUUCGGUCGCAACAGAGAUCGUGAUCGUAUAGUUGAUUUUCUUCUCGGCAAGACGACAACUGAAGAGGCAAGUUCAUCGAGGUACUCAAGUUUGGCCAUUGUUGGAACGGGAGGAAUGGGGAAGUCCACCUUAGCACAGUAUGUCUAUAAUGACAGGAGGAUUGAAGAAUGCUUUGACGUCAGGAUGUGGAUCUGCAUCUCACGCAAACUUGAUGUGCGACGUCACACACUGGAGAUCAUCGAGUCUGCGAAAAAGGGGGAGUGCCCAUGUGUUGAUAAUCUUGAUACUCUCCAGUGCAAACUACGAGACAUACUGCAACAGUCACAGAAAUUCCUACUUGUCUUGGAUGAUGUUUGGUUUGAAAAAUCUCAUAAUGAGACAGAGUGGGAGCAACUCCUCGCUCCAUUAGUCUCUAAACAGUCUGGAAGCAGAGUUUUGGUGACUUCUCGAGGUGAAAUGCUCCCGGCCGCUGUACGCUGUGAACAAGUUGUUCGUUUGGAAAACAUGGAUGAUGCUGAGUUCUUGGGUCUCUUUAAACACCAUGCUUUCUCUGGAGUAGAAAUUCAAGACCAGCUGUUGCGCACAAAGCUAGAACAUAUUGCUGAGGAGAUUGCUAAAAGGCUUGGAAAAUGUCCUUUGGCAGCAAAAGUUCUGGGUUCCAGAUUGAGCAGAAAAAAAGAUAUCACUGAAUGGAAAGCUGCACUAAAGCUGAACGAUUUAAGUGAGCCCUUCACAUCUCUGUUGUGGAGUUAUGAGAAGUUAGAUCCACGUCUACAGAGGUGCUUCUUGUAUUGCAGCUUAUUUCCAAAAGGUCAUAGAUAUAGACCUGAUGAGUUGGUUCACCUUUGGGUGGCAGAAGGCUUUGUUGAUUCUUGCAAUAUGAGUCGGAGGACAAUGGAAGAUGUUGGGAGGGAUUACUUGAAUGAGAUGGUCUCUGGAUCUUUCUUCCAAUCGGUUUCUGAAGGGUAUUACUUUGUCAUGCAUGACAUCCUUCAUGAUUUGGCAGAGUCACUCUCUAGAGAAGACUGCUUCAGAUUAGAAGAUGAUAAUAUGACAGAAAUACCAUGCACUAUUCGACAUUUAUCUGUUUCUGUUGAGAGUAUGCAAAGGCAUAAGCAAAUUAUCGACAAGCUACAGCAUUUACACACUGUUAUCUGCAUCGAUCCACUAAUGGAUAAUGCAACUGUUCUUUUUGAUCAGAUAUUGCAGAACCUGAAGAAGGUGCGUGUAUUGCAUUUGUCAUUUUACAACAGCAGCAUGUUACCUGAAUCUGUUGGUGAGCUGAAGCACCUUCGGUAUUUGGACCUCACCAGAACAUCAGUUUCUGAAUUGCCUAGAUCAUUAUGUGCUCUUUACCACUUACAGUUACUUCAGUUAAACUACAAUGUGGAGAGGUUGCCUGACAAAGUUUGCAAUUUAAGUAAGUUACGACAUCUGAGAGGGUACAAGGAUCAAAUUCCCAACAUUGGCAAGCUUACUUCAUUACAACAGAUAUAUGACUUUUGUGUGCAAAAGAAGCAAGGAUAUGAGUUGCGACAACUGAAGGACUUGAAUGAGCUUGGUGGCAGUUUAACAGUAAAAAAUCUUGAGAAUGUCAUUGGAAAGGAUGAAGCCUUAGAGUCGAAGCUAUAUCAGAAAUAUCGCCUUAAAAAGUUGACGCUUGAGUGGAGUUCCGAGGAUGGCAUGGAUGCAAUGGAUAUUCUGCAUUUGGAUAUUCUAGAAGGUCUGAGACCGCCACCCCAACUGAGUGAGCUCACAAUCAACGGUUACAAAUCUGGCACAUAUCCUAGGUGGUUACUUGAGCGAUCCUAUUUUGAAAAUUUGGAAAGGUUUGAGCUUGAUAACUGCAGCUUGCUAGAAGGCCUACCACCAGAUACAGAACUCCUUCAGCAUUGCUCUUGUCUGUAUCUACGGGACGUUCCAAAUUUGAAGACAUUAUCAUGUCUUCCAGCAAGCCUUACAAAUUUGUCAAUCCACUGCUGCCCACUGCUUACAUUUGUCACCAAAAAUCAGCUCGAGCAACAUGACUUGAGGGAAAAUAUAAUGAAGGCAGAUGACCUGGCGUCUAAACUUGCAUCAAUGUGGGAGGUCAAUUCGGGAUCAGAUAUAAGGGAAGUACUUUCAGAGGACUAUUCAUCCCUGAAGCAGUUGACAACGCAGAUGGGUGAUGAUAUAUCACAACAUCUUCAAAUUAUUGAAAGUGGCCUAGAGGAAGGAGAUAUAAUAUCGGUGAAAGAAAAUAUCAUCAAGGCAUGGCUUUUUUGCCAUGAGCAGAGGAUAAGAGGCAUUUAUGGAAGGACCACGGAGCUGCCGCUGGUUCUACCAUCUGGAAUUCGUGAACUUUAUCUUUUUUCAUGUAGUAUUACAGAUGAAGGUUUGGCUAUUUGCCUUGGUGGCCUCACUUCACUGACGACCUUAGAAUUGGGUUAUAAUAUGGUCUUAACUGCACUUCCGUCACAGGAGGUGUAUGAGCAUUUGACAAAGCUUGAGAGCAUUGAAAUCACUGCUUGUUGGUGUCUCAGAUCACUGGGGGGCUUACAUGCUGCUCCAUCUCUUUCCCGUCUUGACUGUACGGAUUGCCCUUGUUUAGAGCUGGCACGUGGAGCAGAAUUUAUGUCGUUCAACCUUGCUAAGCUCCUCAGCAUACGUGGCUGCAUACUUCCAGCUGAUUCAUUCAUUAAUGGCUUGCCGCACCUGAAGGAUCUUGACAUUUAUUGUUGCAGAAGCUCCCCAUCCUUAUCGAUUGGCCACCUGACCUCCCUUGAAUCAUUACGUCUAGUGUGUCUCCCUGAUCUGUGCUCGCUUGAAGGCCUGUCUUCCCUGCACCUUAAGCACCUAAGUUUGGUAGAUGUUCCAAACCUCACUGCCAAGCACAUCUCACAGUUCCGUGUCCAGGAAGAGCUCACUGUUAGUAGCUCCGUAUUGCUCAACCACAUGCUCAUGGCUGAAGGGUUUAGGGUCCCGUCGUAUCUUUCUCUUCAUGAUUGCAAGGAGCCGUCAGUUUCAUUUGAAGAACCUGCCAAUCUCUCAAAUGUCAAGCACCUGCAAUUUUCGGGUUGCAAAAUGGAGUCCCUGCCAAGAAAUCUGAAAUUUGUCUCCAGUCUGCAGAGUCUUGAUAUCUAUCAUUGCCCCAACAUAACAUCUUUACCAGAUCUGCCGUCCUCCCUCCAGCGCAUAAGUAUAUGGCGUUGCCCCGUCUUGAAGAAGAACUGCCGAGAACCUGAUGGAGAAAACUGGCCAAAGAUUUCGCACAUCCGCUGGAAGACCUUCUACUAA